CGCUCCGGCCCGUCCUGGCGCGGCGCUGCCCCCGCGGGCGGGCAGAGGCAGGUUUUCAGGAUGAAUCUGGAAAAACUCAGCAAACCAGAACUACUGACGCUGUUUAGCAUUCUUGAGGGAGAAUUAGAAGCAAGAGAUCUUGUCAUAGAGGCUUUAAAGGCCCAGCACAGGGACACAUUCAUCGAGGAACGCUAUGGGAAAUACAACAUCAGUGAUCCAUUGAUGGCUUUGCAGAGAGAUUUUGAGACCCUGAAAGAGGGGAAUCAUGGUGAAAAGCAGCCAGUAUGCUCCAAUCCUUUAUCUAUUUUGAAAGUGGUGAUGAAACACUGCAAGAAUAUGCAGGAAAGAAUGUUAUCCCAGCUAGCUGCUGCAGAAAGCAGACACAGAAAGGUGAUCCUGGACCUGGAGGAGGAGAGGCAGAGGCACGCCCAGGACGCGGCAGAGGGGGACGAUGUCACCUACAUGCUGGAGAAGGAGCGGGAGCGGCUCACCCAGCAGGUGGAGUUUGAAAAAUCCCAAGUGAAGAAGUUUGAAAAAGAGCAGAAGAAGCUGUCAAGCCAGUUGGAGGAAGAAAGAGCACGCCACAAGCAACUGUCUUCCAUGCUUGUUGUGGAGUGCAAGAAAGCCACUGCCAAAGCAGCUGAAGAGGGCCAGAAGACAGCAGAACUGAGCUUGAAAUUGGAAAAGGAGAAGAGUAAGGUGAGUAAACUGGAAGAGGAGCUGGCAGCCAAGAGGAAGCGGGGUUUGCAGAUGGAAGCACAAGUAGAAAAGCAGCUCUCAGAGUUUGACAUUGAAAGAGAACAGCUGAAAGCUAAGCUGAACAGAGAAGAAAACCGUACAAAAGCACUCAAAGAAGAGGUGGAAUGUCUGAAGAAAGCCCUGAAAGAGCUGGAGGCUUCUUGCCAGGAGCACAGUCCCUCUGAGGCUGUGCAUCCCAGCCCCUCAGUGACGUCCAGGGGGGUCACAACUGACAGUCCCCCAGUGAAGUCUGUGUCCUGCCAGACCGAGAGUGUGCAGGCAGGACGAGCAAACGCUGCCAGCACCAGCAAAGCUGCUCAGCCCGUGUCUGCCAGCCCCUCCACACCUGUUCAUUCCUAUGCAAAAUCCAACGGGCACUGUGACACGGACGGGCAGAUGGGUGGGGAGACAAACGCUGCAGAGAGCCAAGUUCACAGGGAGAAAUGUGCUGCAGCCCCGGAAAACACUGUGGAGAAUGGAAGUUCUCCCGUAAGAACAGAGUCACCGGUGCAUCUGAUGUCCCAGCUCCCCUCUGCUGGGGUGUCCCUGUCCCCCAGCAGCACAGCUGCCUCCUCUCUGACCCCUUCUCCCUGCUCCUCACCGGUGCUGGCUAAACGCUUGGUGGGAGCCUCUGCCAGCAGCCCUGGCUACCAGUCCUCCUACCAGGUGGGCAUCAACCAGCGUUUCCACGCGGCUCGGCACAAGUUCCAGUCCCAGGCGGAGCAGGACCAUCAGUCGAGCGGCCUGCAGAGCCCCCCCUCGCGGGAUCUGUCCCCCACCCUGGCUGACAACUCGGCUGCCAAGCAGCUGGCCCGCAACACGGUCACCCAGGUGCUGUCCAGGUUCACCAGCCAGCAGGGCCCCAUCAAGCCUGUCUCCCCUAACAGCUCCCCUUUUGGCACGGACUAUCGAAACCUGGCAAAUGCUGUCAGCCCCAAGAGCGAGUCUGGGCACUCCCCAAGCCCUGCCAAGGUUUCCAGCCCGCUAAGCCCGUUGUCUCCUGGAAUUAAGUCACCAACCAUUCCUAGAGCAGAAAGAGGGAACCCUCCACCCAUUCCUCCAAAGAAACCCGGCCUCGCUCAGUCACCUGCUGCUGCUGCUCCACUCACCAAAACCUCUUCCCAGGCCUCCUCCCUGGGUGCCCCCAUGGACGUGGCGAGUAGCUGCUCCAACAGCACUGUCGUGUCAAAUGGCAAAGACCUGGAGAUCCUCCUGCCAAGCAGCAGCUAGUCUCCAGAAAAUGGGAAUGUGACAUUCCACAGCUUAGCUUACCCUGGAGCUAAGACACUGUUUUUCCACUCCAUGUUAUUUAUUUCCAUAGUAGCAGAUUCUGUCUGUAUAAAGCAUUUAGUAUAUUAUUUUUUUUUUCUUUUUACUAGGUAGGAAAAUAUUUUUGUUUAUGAAGAAACCUUAACUAAAGCUAUACAGUAGCCUCCAAAUGUCUCCUGGCAGCAGUCAAAUCAUUAGAGAUAACAACCAUAAUCAUGUGGUGGGACCUAUCAACCUCUAAUGGGACUGAAAUGCUACUUUUAAAUUAUGCAGAAAUAAUUUUUGCAGACUUUUUACUCCAGAUGAACAUUUUAUAAAAGUGCCUGAACUAAGCCUGCAAUAUGAAUGUGAUUCUCGGGAAAAGGUGAGGAGGGGAACAUCUAGCUGCAGAAACAAAUUCUUCUGAGUCCUGAAUGUUAAAACCAACACUGGUUUUCCUUUUAAUUUUUACCAUUUGCUAAGAUAAGUUAGCGAAUGUGCUACAAAUUCUGACCCCAGACUGGUGCAGCCAGCCAGGCUACGUCCUUCAGGACGUGGCUCCCAGCUAUUCGAGGAAGCACACAUGAGUUUCUUGGGGUGAGAUUUAGUUGUGAUAUCAUCCAGACUCCUUCUCUGUCAGUAUUCCUUGUCCAUACAGUUUUUCUGCUUUCCUGCCAAGAUGCCUGUGUGCUUUAAAUGGCUGAACUCUGGUUUCUGGUGUAUCACCUGGAAUUUUCAAGCUCUGCAAGAAUUCUACUGUUGUGUGUAGAACUUCUGAGAAAAAGAUCUUUCUGUUACUUGACAAAGAUCUCCCUAUUACUUGAAAAAGUAACUCGUCCAUACUACAGGUUUUUUGCAGCACCUGUAACAUGGGGUCUCCAACUUUAAACAAAAGCAAUAAUUUUGUUCCUCAUCUCUGUCAGUUAAGUCUGGCUGACCUGGAUUUUACCCACUAGCUAUAGCUAGCUUUCCUUGGCUGCAAAUACGGAACCAAAUCGUUGCUGCUGUGGAAUUGAAUAUGUAGAUCUGUGUAAGUAUAUCACACCUACGUACUAAACACACAGUGUAUUGGGGAAAUACUGAUCUCUUCUUGAUCUUCUGCCUCAUAUGAAGAAAACAUGGCAAUUCACUGAGAUUUAAAAAAUUCCUCAGUGAGGAAUUGCCUAAGUUGGAGGCAGAUCAUGUGUGUGAAGAAGUACCCAGGAGAAGCAGUUGAUUCCUGUGCAGAAAUGUUUGCUGCAAGAAAACCAAUGGGCCCAGCACAGUUGUUUUGUGAGUCAGUGUGCUGAGAAGUCCAGGACAAACACAGUGUUUGGGAUCAGGAUCAGUGGCAGAGGCAGGGAGCACGACCCCGAGUUAAUGAUCUCGGGUGUUGGAUGUGAGCUGAUCUAAAUUUAGAGAGCGGGCUCGGUGCUGCCAGCGCUGGGACGUUCCCACAGCAGCAGAGUGGGGUUUGCACUGAGCUCAGCUCCCAGUGCCAGAGCCAGCCUCUCCUCUGGCCAUUUUCACCAGACACAUCCCUGUGCCGUGGCAGGGCUUUGCAGGUUUGCACAGACCUUCUAGAAGCCUUUUGGGUAGUGGCACUAUGGGCUGUUGUUCCUAAUCCAGUGGAACAGUGUGUGUUAACAGCAGGGACACAGAGGCAGCCAGAGUUAAAUGGGCAGCCACUCUUUUGGAAGCACAUUUAUUACUUUUUCAGCUAAGUGUCCACAGCAGAUUUUUUUCCUCUUGCUGAGUGUAAAUGUAAAAAUGGAUGGGCAGAGGGAGUUUGGCCCAUGUAUCCCUUCUGAUUGAAAAAUGAGGCUUUUGUAUACACUGCUUUAAUGAGUUUCUUUGCUUUUACAUUAAUCUGACUGGUAUUAUCCCCUUUCUUUAUCGAUAGUUCUAGAGAGAGAGAUACUAUGAUGAAGUCUAAUAGGAAAUGCACUGAGUACUGUUUCUUCUAAAAUAUAAUAUGGGAAGGGGUAUGCAAAAGAAUGUAUUUUUGCUAGUAGACUAACUUCUGGAAGAAACUAAGCACAAGGGAUUAAAGUGGAUCCAACUAAUUCAGUAAGACAUUUAGAGUUAGUAUUUAACUGUUGAUGUAGAUUCUGUGUGGAAGCAACUAAAUAUUUCUUCUCUAACUCACAUGUGUCCUAAGCAGACAUUGUUGCAGAGUUUGUCACUGGCUAAUGGAGUAUAAUGAAGUGCAAAACAUAUAACACUAGUAUUAAUUCAUUAACACUUGUAAAUUUGUAAAGCCAAACGUACCAAGCUGAAGUCUUUAAUCAUUUUUAUAGCUGAUGGCAUUAAACAUGUUAAACAUUCAUAUUAUCAAUAAAGGAUUUUAUUUUUAAGAUGUG